CGUUGUAUAACAUGGAAUUUUUUUCACAAGAAAACACACUGAACAAAACAAUACAAAACCAGACCAAUAACACCAUUCCAAGCAUAAACGGAGCUUCAACAAAAAAGCCUAUAGGAAAUUAUGCAGAGGCUCUUGUCCCUCAAACUCCUCUCCAAAAUCCCCAGAAAUCUCUCAAAUGCAACCACAAAUCCCUCUCAAACUUUCCUUUCUCUAACUUCCAAGACAAACCCAUGUCACCCUUAUCAGCAACAACAAUUUUUCUCUGCUUUUUCACACGCACACACACACUCAAUUAGGCUACAAAAUGUGAAAUUUUCACAUGGGGUUUUCUCAAACCCACUUUUCUCUAAGCAGCUGUUAACAAACAGAAUUUUCAGAGGUGAUCGGAGCAAGGAUUUGGUUAACCGUACAGUUGGGAUUCUGAGGACUCAAUUUGGAAAAAGAAAUUUUCACUCUAAUUUCUCAUUUGGUUCCUCUCGCCGCGGCUGGCAAUCAGGUUUUGGGAGGUUUUCUACUGAUGGAGUGGUGUUAGGAAUAAUCUUAGCUAAUGUAGCUGUGUUUUUGUUAUGGCGUGCUGCUGAUAAUAGGUUCAUGAUCAGGAACUUCAUGAUUUCAGUGGACAAUGUUACAAGUGGACGGGUUCACACAUUGAUAACAUCUGCUUUCAGUCACAUUGAUCCUUGGCAUCUUAUCUCUAACAUGGUUGGAUUCUACUUCUUUGGAACAAGUAUCGGUAGUACUUUUGGGCCUCAGUUUCUUCUGAAGCUGUAUCUAUCUGGAGCAGUUGUUGGCUCUGUUUUUUACGUGGUAUAUCAUGCCUUUAUAGCUCCAUCACUACAGGGACAAAGAAGACAAAUGCAGAGCAUGCAUCCAUCGCAAGUUCCGGGCUUGGGUGCAAGUGGGGCUGUAAAUGCAGUGAUGCUGCUUGAUAUAUUCCUGUUCCCUAAAAAGACUCUCUAUCUUGAUUUUAUUAUUCCAGUUCCAGCAAUCUUACUGGGAAUCUUCCUCAUUGGAAAAGAUGUCUUAAGAAUAUUGGAGGGUGACACUCGAGUCUCAGGAUCUGCUCAUUUGGGCGGGGCUGUCGCGGCUGCCAUAGCAUGGACUCGAGUAAGAAGGGGAAGAUUCUGAAGUCUCAUUGCUUUGUCCUUAUAAAUGUAAUUUCGGCAGAUAUAACUGAACAAUGCAGUUAGGAUAUAUAGUACCAAAUUGCAUUUAGGAUGUAUUCCUUCCCACCCUUGAGUUAUUGCCUUCUUCUAGGGUGAAGUGCCAAGAGAUGUCCCUUUAAAUAGCAGCAAUUGUCACAUUCUAAAUUCAUGGAUAUUGUCAAUGCAAUUUGCAGCCUGAAAGCAUGGUGCUGCUGACCAAUUAGGUACUG